GGAGGUCGUUGAGUCUUUAAAUGAAGAAAUCCAGGUUUUAAAAGACUCAUAUGAUAUGCUUGGUGAGUCAUGGAAAGAUGACAAGAAAAAAUUUCUGCGACUGAUGAUUCUUGACGGUUGUUUCAUGUUGGAAAUUAUACGCCUUGCUACACAUUCAUUGGAUGGCUAUGCUGCCAAUGAUCCCAUUUUUAGCAGCCACGGGAGGCUCUACAUUGCACCAUCUAUCCGGCGUGAUAUGUUUUUGCUUGAAAUCAACUGCCAAUGCUUGUUCUUUACAAGCUGGUUGCUCUUGAAAGUGACGGAGCACAGGACGAAGAGUUUGUCAACGAGCUCGUGCUCAAUUUCUGCUACCCCAACGCACCCGUCUCAAAGCUGGAUAAAAGCUUGCAUGUAUUGGAUUUGUACAGGAAGAGCCUGAUUCUGGAAGAUCCCGCCUGGAAAAUGCGUCGCCCCAGGGUAAAGGGGGGUCUUCUUAAUGUUGUCAAUGAUAUUUUCCGAUCAGCGACAGGGAUUACUGAUGUUGGAAUUCAGUUCAAGAAAGGUAAAACCAAGAGCCUGAGAGGCAUCUCAUUCCAUGGAGGGGUACUUGAGCUUCCUGUCAUUGUGGUGGAUGGUGCCACCGAGGCAACCUUCCUGAAUUUGAUUGCCUUUGAGCGCCUCCACGUUGGUGCAGGCAAUGAGGUAACAUCUUAUGUCUCCUUCAUGGACAACAUCAUUCGUAAUGAGAGGGACUUUGCCCUCCUACGCUCAAGAGGAAUCAUCCAGAAUGCUAUUGGAAGUCACAUGGCAGCUCCUCAACUGUUCAACUCUCUCUCCAGGGACAUUGCGUUUCUCCCAAACAGCAGCCUUGAAGGUGUGCACAUGCAGGUCAAUGCCUUCUGCAAGAUGCCAUGGAAUGAGUGCCGUGCCAAUCUCAUUCACACCUAUUUCAGACAUCCAUGGGCCAUUUUGUGUGUUAUUGCUGCACUCAUCCUCUUUGCCCUCACUGGUGCUCAAACUGUAUAUUCUAUAAUGCCUUACUACAAAUCAAAUCACUCGACAUCACCCUCUCCUCCUAUGAGUUUCGCAGCACCCCCUCCCCUUCCAACCCCAACUCCGCCUCCUCUCACUUCUCCUAUGCAUCCCCCAAAACCAUCACACCGGCACCACAGAUGUAGAUGUGUUAAGAAGUAAUUUGUAAUUUUCAGUGUCUUGAGUAAUUAUUUUUUUAAGAGUCAAGGGUCUUUUUGUGUUUUCUCUAGAUCUUGGAAGUUAUGGAGUUCCUUGUUUUUCUCGGUCUAAGAAUUAUCUAUCAAUGUUUUAAAUA